CUCCGUGGUUUACGUGGAUGCAUGAGGUGCUCCUCCUCGGGCCAUUGGUCCUCGCCUUGCUGUCGCUCUUCCCGUGCUGCUCCUGUCUGUCGCAGGGCGGGGAGGAGGACGACGACGGCGAGAAGGGGGAGGAGGUGGAGGUGCCGCUGAUGGGGUCCGCCGGAGAGGCCCGCUCGCCGGUCAGCGGCGGCGGUUUCAGUGCUAAUGGUAAAUUCAGCUAUGGGUAUGCAAGCUCUCCUGGGAAAAGAUCUUCCAUGGAGGACUUCCAUGACACCAGAAUCGAUGGCGUUGAUGGAGAGACUGUCGGACUGUUUGGUGUUUUUGAUGGUCAUGGUGGAGCUCGGGCAGCAGAAUUUGUUAAGCAGAAUCUUUUCACCAAUUUAAUCAAGCACCCAAAGUUCUUCACCGAUACCAAAUCUGCAAUUGCUGAAACUUACACUAGCACAGACUCUGAACUUCUGAAAGCUGAAACCAGCAACCAUCGAGAUGCAGGGUCGACUGCCUCCACAGCUAUUCUCGUAGGCGAUCGUCUGCUCGUUGCAAAUGUUGGUGAUUCUAGGGCAGUCAUCUGUAGAGGAGGAGAUGCUAUAGCUGUGUCAAGAGACCACAAGCCUGAUCAGACAGAUGAGAGGCAGAGGAUAGAGGAUGCUGGAGGUUUUGUGAUGUGGGCUGGAACAUGGCGCGUGGGUGGUGUUCUUGCUGUCUCUCGAGCAUUUGGUGACAAACUCCUGAAGCAAUAUGUGGUUGCUGAUCCAGAGAUCAAGGAGGAGGUGGUCGACAGCUCUCUCGAGUUCCUCAUCCUUGCUAGUGAUGGCCUCUGGGACGUAGUGACUAACGAGGAAGCUGUGGCCAUGGUGAAACCGAUACCGGAUUCAGAGCAGGCUGCAAAGAAGCUCCUCCAUGAGGCCUCCCAGAGGGGAAGCGCAGACAACAUCACCUGCCUCGUCGUCCGUUUCUUGGAGCAGGGCAAUCAGCCGGGGAGGCCGGUGAACGAUCAAGCCUCCAAACAUACAUAGCUCAUCAUCUUCCUACUUACAUUACGUGUUCAUUGCAGAUAUCUGCAAGGUUCCACCUUUCGGUGUUGCAAUCUGCUGUGCCCCAAUGUUGUUCAGGGGCAGCUUGGGAUCACAGGUUGUUAAGUGUUGUCAUCAGUCGUAAUGUAGCAGCUUUCUCCUGCAUGCUUGCUUGUUCACUUAA